GAGUUGCGACGACGGCUCCCCAUUCAUUCUUCACGGUCCCGUCUAGGCUAACGAGUCUUUUUUCCCAUCCAUCCCUAGUUCCCUGCCGCGCCCCAAACCCAAGGUACUUAAGUUAGUCUCCGUUUGGCAGCUGCAGUACAGUGCGUACAGUACAGUAAUAAGGGUCCUCCGGUUGGGCGCCGAUGGCCGUCUAGCAGGGAUUCUUUUCUUAGUGCUCGUGGGGCCGCCAGAACUUGUGGCAGUGAGACUGUGAGAGGCGGCGAGUCAGACGCGCGGAUCUGCAUUUGCAUCGGCUCGUUCCUCUGCGUUUCGACGAGUGUCGAGGCUACGUACGCGGUAACGUAGACGACAUGGACUCGAUGACUGAGACUGAACCACGACAUGGCUUGCGAGCAACAUGAAGGUGAGACGUCGCCUGAGCGCACAAGCAUCGAUAGUUUGCUGCUACGUACCCACGCACGCACGCCGCACGCACCUAAGACCUUGCAUCGGCAAGGCCAAGAUGGCCUCAGCGUCGAGUCUCCACCCGUCGCGUGUCGCGAGUCGCGACUUUUCAAGCCCCUACCCGCCCUCCUUACGAGUUACGACAAUGUCUUGCGAUCGCUCUGCUCUACCAACAUUGUGCGACUUCUUCGACGACAGGCAGCCUCUAGAUACUGGCUCAUCGCGAGACGACGCCGCACGCGGACAGACUGUGCUACGUACAUGCACCGACUUGUGCUGCACUCCAGCAACAGCAGCUCAGUGUUAGGUAGUACUCCGUACCCGAUCCCUGUCCAGUCCGCAACCGGGGCCAGACUAGCGCUCGCCAGUGCCCGCUCUGGGCGCGUAGACGGAUUGCCCGGCUGGUACGGUAAUUACUGGGCUCACGAUUCGACUCGAAUGCAUCUGGAGGCUGGACGCAACUUGCAAGGCGCAGUGAAUCGGCUCAACUGGAGCAUCCGUCGCAGCCAAGGACAGAUGUGCCACCCGUCAGUUAAUUUACCUGACAGCGCGUCGCCCAGCCGGCAGCGAGGCGAGCUGCGCACAUGGCAGUGGAUCUCGACAGCCUCGGCCGCCGUCGACAAUUAGCCGGCAUCUAUCAUGGCAUCUGACUGUAAUUACCCAGUCCAACACACGAUCUUCGACAGAGGACGACAAAGUCCACGCCGGCACUUGCUUCAGGCGUCGUCCACAUGGCUCUAGUCUAGGUACUCUGACGGCUUGGCCUAACCCACGGACGGACGGCAGCACCGCCUUGGCAGUGACGGGCAAUGUCUCAUCCG